CGACUGGAUCCGCCUCGGAAUCCCAGCCCCCCGGGGAGGUCCCCCGGGAGCAGCGGCGCCGCCAUCCUCCCUGGCAGCCGCCAGGCGCCGACGUGCCGCGGCUACCUGGCCGGCAUGUCCGUGCUGCCGGGCGCGGACAUGGAGGGCACCACGUUCGAGGAGGCCUUCCAGCUGCUCGGGGAGGUGGAUCGGUCCCUGCUGGAGGAGUACGAGCGGGACCUCUGGGACGACGAGCGCAGACGGUUCGUCUUCGGCACCAAGCUCGUCUCGGUGCUGGACUGCGUCACCGGCUCGGGAGACUGCGUGCGGCUGCUGCUGCAGAAUCCAGACCCGCGCCUUGCGCAAACGGCUGUCCCCAUCUGCGAGGUCGGCGCGCGCUCGCCGCCGCUGCCCGCCCUGCCCCCGCUGCUCGGGCAGUUCGGGUCGCACCUCGGGGGCCUGGCGCUGGCGGCUGCGGCCUGGCGCGCGGCGCAGGGCCCAGGCGCCGUGGGGCCCCGCGUCCUCGUGCUCGGCGGCGGCGGCGCGGCGGUGCCGCGAACGAUCGCCGCCGCGCUGCCGCGCGCAACCGUCGAGGUUGUGGAGCUGUGCGCGGACACCCGCGCGGCGGCGCGGGCGUUCUUCGGCCUGGCAGAACUCGAGGCGCGACCGGAUGGUGCCUUCCGCCUCGCCGGCGGCUGCGGCGCCGCGCGCCUGCGCGCGGCGGCGGGCGGCAGCGUCGACGUGCUCGUCGUGGACGCGGCGGCGGAGGGCCUCGGCGGGCUGCACGCGCCGCCCCCGCCGUUCCGGACGCGCGGCUUCUGGAGGGCCGCGGCGCGCGCCGCGGCGCCGGGGGCGGUGAUCGCGCUGAACCUGGUGGGCGGGCGCGAGGAGGUCGAGGCGCUGCAGGAACUGGUCUCCCAGGAGCUGCGCGGCUGGAGCCUGCUCUGCCUGCCGCCGCCGCCGGGGGGCCUGGCGGACGCGCUGCACCUGGAGCAGCGGCUGCUCUUCGCCGCGGCGGGGCCGCUGGCCGAUGCGGACCAGUUGGCGCGCGCUGGGCUGUCGGGCACCGCGUGCGCCCUGGUGGACGAGCCUGGGGCGUGGCUGGAGCACUGGCGGAGGCACUCCGAGCGGUGAGGCGAGAGACGGAAGCGGCUCGCGCGGGUCGGACGCGACGCUCUCGCCGUGAGGAUGCCAACCGUCGUGGCCUUCGUCGCUCUCCGGCGUGGUGCAGCGCACCCAGCCCAACCAUUGGUUCGACCGCAACAAGAUUGACCGCACGAUGUGCCCCUGCAUGACCUGCUGCGGGUGCAUGCGGUGGCAGGAGCUUGUGCCCAGCGCGUCGCAGCGGCACCUCCAGACGACGCGGCCGUGACCGAGCACUGCCCGAAGCGCGACGCGGCGACCGACGAGGGCGCAGGCGCGGCUGCGGAGAGGGGGGCUGCGCGGAGGCGGCGGCGGCCGCGGCGCGACGAGCGGCGCGCGGACAGCAGGCCCAGCCGCGCGCGGAGGGCUGGGCCUCGGGAGCUCACUCCGCGGGGGGGGGCGGCUCGGCGGGAGCGCACGUGCCGCUGCCCUUCGCCCAUGCUCCCCCCCUCUCGCGCCCUCCUGGGAGGCCC